ACGGCUACGACAAGGAUUAACACUUGUGCGAAUGGAAGCUACUGGCUGGCGGCAAUAUACACUUCCAAUAGAAGUGCGUGCAACUGACAGCCUCAGCCAUGACAUCAAGACGUAUGUCUUUUGUGCAGAUUUGUUUUGAAUGACGUCAUAGGUCCCUGUAUAUUAUGUCGCAGUAGUCAGGAUUUCGCGGGAGUCGCACUCGGAAUCUGUCGAUUUUUUCCCCAGGAUCGGAAGCUGGUUUAGACAGAAGUUUCGGCAGAGUCUUAGCACACCAUGGGAGGAGCAGUGAGUGCCGGUGAGGACAACGACCACCUGGUCGAUAACCUGAAGGAAGCUGAUUACAUCAAGACGGAGCGAGUGGAGCAGGUCUUCCGCGCCGUGGAUCGUGCCGAUUACUAUCUGGAAGGAUACAAAGAAAGUGCUUACAAGGGGGAGAGGGGAGGGUAUUCUCCGGGUCCUUCUGCGCAAGGUACACAGAUGGGAGUUGACUGGCCUCGCCUUGCUCAUCGGGACCCCGUUUCGCCGGUGCAGAGCUUCCUGUGGGCAAGUUGGGCACCUCCUCUUGAUUCCACCCUCGACUUGGCCUGGAAGCAUGGCAACAUACACCUGUCAGCUCCCUGCAUCUACUCUGAGGUCAUGGAGGCUCUGCAGCUUGAGCCCGGCUUGUCCUUCCUGAAUAUAGGCAGCGGAACGGGCUACCUGAGCACCAUGGUGGGACUGGUGUUAGGGGCUCAUGGAAUAAACCACGGUCUUGAGCUCCACGGCGAUGUCAUCGAGUAUGCCAAAGAGCGACUGGACAGCUUCAUCCGGGAGUCUUCCUCUUUUGACCAGUACGAGUUCUGUGAACCCAAGUUCGUCCAAGGUAAUGGUCUUCUGUUGUGUUCUGGGUGUCGCACCUACGACCGGGUCUACUGCGGGGCCGCUUGUCCAGCUGAACAUGAGAACUACAUGAAGAUAUUACUGAAAGUGGGCGGCAUACUAGUCAUGCCACUGGAAGAUCAGUUGAAGAAAAUCACACGCAUCAGCCAGACAGAAUGGGAAACUAAGAACGUACUACCCGUGUCCUUUGCUCCUCUUAUCCUACCAUCCAAGACAGAGGGAGAAAGCUUCUCUUCUGUUGAUCUUCCUGAAGUUCAUGCCAAAUCCCUGCAAGACCUUUGCCGCAUUAAGAUCCGAGGCAUCAUCAGGGACAUCGUCAACACGGAGCACCCCACCCCUAAGAACAGCAAGCGGCAGCCACGACGGCCCCCACACCGUCCCCUGGGCGGCGUCAACAGCUGCAUCAUGAUCCGCAACGUCAGCAACAUGCUGGAGCUGGCCGGCGAGCUGAUGGGCAGUGACAGCUAUGAUGACAGCGACGAAAUCUUGGAAGAAGAAGAAGAUGAAGAGGACAGGCACGACAGCAAUGAGAGGAUGGAGGAAGGUGGGGAAGACUGGAAGAAGCAGGACUUUGAGACGGAUGGCCAGGAGCCUGGAGAAAAGGACGCGGCCGAUGACCGCAAGGACGACAGGAAUAGGAAUGGGAGAAGGGGUCACCGCAAUGGCCGACCCAGACGACAGGUCCCACCGAGACACAGCGCUUACGUCAUGGAGUUUUCCCAGCGUCCCGAUAGGCGCAAUGAUGAGAACUCAGAGGCGGCAGGGACAGGGCGGGGCCUGUCCGAAGAGCGCAGUGCCCGGGGUGCCAUGGAGAUGUGCCUGAGUGAGGCAUUUGAGUUUGCCCGGAACCUGAAGCGGGCCUAUGACAACGGGGCCCCGCAGGAUCGGAAGAGGAUGAAUGACAGACAGGGUGAGGGCGACUCCUCUAAGGAAGCUCCCCCGGGCACUGGGGCAGACGAGGCACCACUGCCGCCACAGGAGACAGCCAGCCCAGAUGGCAAAGACUCAAAAUCAUCAUCGUUAUCCUCUUCAUCCGGAGAUGAUGUACAGAGAGUAGAUGGGGUCAGUCGAGAUGCAUCAGAUGAGCAAACAUGCUGGAGCAACCCCGGAAAUCAGCCUGACCACGAAGCACAACCUCCACCCCCAAAAGUGGAAGAAGACUAUGGUAGCAGCUCCAAACUCUCCAAGCCGCCAGGCCCCCUUUCGGCUGAUGUCAAGGUUCCGCAGAUGAUGCGGCACUCGUACCCAUUCCGGAGCCGCGAACAUGCCCAUGGGGAAGACAGUGGCAACUCCAGUGACAGCUCCCACUCGUCCUCCAGCGGCAUCUCUGACGAGACCAUUUUUGACCACCUCAAGCGCAAGAAGCGACAGGCCAAGCGGAAGAGGGCGGCCGCCACAGCUGCCCCAAAGCCCAUGGGACCCAACUACCUGCGGGAGAAAAUCUUCAAGCUCCCCCUCCCCCAGUCUCUGAUCUCCUAUCUGCUUUAUCACCGUGAAAUGUAGACUAGGGUUCAAGCAAACAGACUCGUCUUAAUCCUUGUGAGAGCUGAAGAACGGCUCCCUCUUUCUGAUGUCAGUUGCACCACACCUACUUGACAUUGCAGAAUGAUAUGAUCAGGUCUGAUUUGCUGAUUGGUUGAUAGAUGAACAUGUGACUGAAAAGAGCCAACCGGAUUGGUCAGACUCUGAUACUACAAGGCAUUUGAAAACUAGCAGGAUUGAUACAUCGCCACUCAGCCCGCUCUUUUCAUUAGAUGCAUAUUGCACAAGUACCUUUUUGGGGCUGAAGGUUGAUCAUGAAAGUUUCUCCAAAUGUACAAAGUAUGGUCUGUGGCCAACAAAUCUGCAAAUCUGCAUGUAGCAGCGAGAAACGCAACACUCCGCUGAUCUUUUGGAGGGUAUGUUUAAAAAAAUGAUAAUAAACAAGAAAUUAAUGGAAUUUUUGCUUGGUUUGUUUUGAGGAUUGAAAGAACGUUACUGUAAAUGUAUAAAGAGCAUAAUCAUUACAAUAUUGUAAAUAUAAUUCAAAGAUGAUUUAUAUCGGUACAAUAUGUAUCAUGUGCUUGUGGCAAGUAUUGAAUUGACCUUCUUGAGAUAUUACAAAGAUGUUAGAUUUCCUUUAAUUUAUUUUGCCAUUGUGUCUCUCAAUUGGUUGUUGUACAACAUUAUUUAAUGUCCAGGACAUAGACUACGUAUUCCACAGUUUACAGUGUGAAUGCAUAACCAAUUUGUCGAGCUCAAUACAUUUUACCUCCAGUGUUUGAAAUUGGCCAAAGGUUUUAUGUUCACUUCAAAUGUGUCAAAGGCCGGCAUGGAGAGUCGAUCCUACACUGUACAUAGAUAAAGCUCCAAAUAAGCAUAUUUGAUCGCUGUUGGCCUACUUGAGAGGCGUGAAGGGAGAGGUUGAUCUGCAUGGUUGCCUGGCAACCAUGUUAGAUCCCCAUCUCGUUUCCUUACAUGGACAGGAAAAUCAGACGGUGUCUGAAUCAUGUGGUUGUACAUGUAGCUGCAGAUAAGACGUGCAUCAAUGGCAAAUGCAGGAAGCCAUCUAGGGGCAAAUUGAGCAUGAAUUAUAUUUCAGAUUUACCUUAGUUAGCAGCUUUCACUGGUGUGUCAUUUUCAGCAUGGGCCAGGCAAUUCAGGCACAGCUCCUGCACUGCUUGGCAAAAUCAGGCACAAGCAGUAUGAAAAGCUUGACAUCUUGACAAAAACAAAAAUAAAUUUAUUUGGCUAAUUGUAGUGGAAGGGAAUGUAUGUAAACCUCCCAACAAACUGCAGAACAGACACCAAAUGCCAUUGUGUUCUGUGCCUCAAUUUAUGCCAACCUCUUGGGCUGUAAUUGGCUUGUGAAUUGCACAGCAUGGUUUGUUUCUAGCAAAGUUUUGGUCAAGCGUAUUAAAUUUAAGCUUAAUUGAUCACCAGUAAGUUACCCAUAUUGAAUUCAACACCUCUUAAGCAUUAAUGUUAAAAGCUUUACCAAUGCUGUACAUGUAUGUCUUUAGUGAAAGCACACUUUGCAGUUCCAGUUGUAAGCACCGAUUCUCAGAAGCAAGGGUUUUAGGUCUGAGGUACAUAUCUCAGUGCAAGAUCUUUGUUUCCAAAUUCAAUUUAAGCAAUACCUAUUAAAAAACCGCAAGACACAUCUGAUUGGCUGCCCUACAGAUUACCAGCCAAUGGCAGUACGCAAUGUAUUUUGCAGCACUUCAGCUGGUAACAACAUACUAGUUAGCAAGCAAAUAAAUACUUGUGGUUUAGCUAUUUAUCAUAGCAUUUGAUAAAAUCAGUUCAAAAGGUGUUCUUAGUGUAAAGAAAGAAUUACGCAAUUUUUAAGGUCUUCAUGUGAGGUUCUGUUGCCACAAGAAACAAACUGGAAAGUUCAAUCCAAACAUUGUAAAUACUCAUAAUGUUAUUUGAAAAAAGUUAAAUUAUAAAACCUUUUUUAGAGAUAACAAGUAAACAAUUAUCGAAUGAAACUAUUUUGCUAUUUAAAAAUAACUGUAAAUAUAAAAACUAUUCUGCCCUUGUGCGCAUUUUUCUGUAUUAAGAUCUUCCUGUGAAGUGUCAAAAUCCAAGGAACUUGCAGGAAUGUGAAUAGAAUUGGUUAAAUUUUUUUGAUGUGGCAUCGGUUAAAGUCUAUUGUGAAGAAUUUUUUGGAAUUUCAUUUAGUCGGUGUGUGUUUAAGACCCGCAGUGUCAUUUGCUGCAAUCUGAAAGGUUUUAUGAUCCAGAUUGAGAAAAAUGUGACUGUAAAUUAUAUAGAAAAAACAGUGUGAAAGAAUGCCCACAGCUUCACCGUCAUUAAGAAGUAACUUCAAUGUAAUUGUGUCAAGUGAGACAUCUUUUUAAUUUUUGACAUUUUCAGGACAAGCAAGCUCACCCUAUGUAAAUCUGGAAUGAAGUGGAAGGGUCUGGGACCCCGUGGUCAUUAACUUAAAAAAAAUGGUGAAGCCAAUUGUCGCUAUGCUGACAUGACUGGAAUCCUCAGCCAAGGGGAGAACUCUGCCGAGUCUGCCACUAAUAAAAAAAAAAAAUUACUGCUAAGGAA